AUGAGGUCCCGCGGUGGCUUCUUCUUCCCCGGCGGUGGCACCCCUGGGGACAUGGCCCCCGGUGGCACCUUCCCCGGUGGCGUCUCCCGCGAUGACUUUUGCUGUGGUGGCAUCUCCCGCCACGACGUCCCCCGUGGUGGCAUCACCCGCCGUGACGUCUCCCACGGUGGCAUCACCCGCCGUGACGUCUCCCACGGUGGGGACGUCUCCCGUGACAGUAGCACCCAUGGUGGUGGCAUCUCCCGUGGUGGUGGCAUCGCCCAGAAGAGUGACACGUCCCAUGGCGGUGGCAUCUCCCACGACGGCAUCUCCCCCAGUGGUGGCAUCUCCCAUGGUGGUGGCAUCUCUCCCAGUGGUGGCAUCUCCCACGGUGAUGGCAUCGCCCAGAAGAGUGACAUCUCCCAUGGUGGUGGCAUCUCCCAUGACACCGCCUCCCCCAGUGGUGGCAUCUCCCACAGCGGUGGCAUCUCCCAUGACAGCGUCUCUCCUGGUGGUGGCAUCUCCCAUGGUGGUGGCAUCGCCCAGAAGAGUGACAUCUCCCACGGUGGUGGCAUCUCCCAUGGUGGUGGCAUCUCCCAUGACAGCGUCUCUCCCGGUGGUGGCAUCUCCCAUGGUGGUGGCGUCUCCCACAGCGGUGGCAUCUCCCGUGACGGCAACUCCUCUGAUGGUGGCACCUCCCUUAACGCCACCUCCCAGGCUGGUGGCAUCUCCCACGCCGGUAGCACAUCCCGUGGUGGUGGCAUCUCCCAGAACAGUGACAUCUCCCGCCUUGGUGACACCUCCCGCAGCCGUGGUGUCACCCCAACCAGCGGCGUCUCCCACGACGGCACCUCUCACAGUGGCAUCUUCAGUGGUGGCAUCUCCAGUGGUGGCACCUCCCACAGCCACGGUGUCACCCAAAGCAGUGGCAUCUCCCAUGAUGGCACCUCCCACAGUGGUGGCAUCUCCCACAGCCACGGUGUCACCCAAAGCAGUGGCAUCUCCCACGAUGGCACCUCCCAUGGUGGUGGCACCUCCCAUGGUGGUGGCACCUCCCACAGCCACAGUGUCCCCCAAAGCAGUGGCAUCUCCCACGAUGGCACCUCCCACGGUGGCAUCUCCCAUGAUGGCAUCUCCUACGGUGGUGGCAUCUCCCACAGCCACGGUGUCACCCAAAGCAGUGGCGUCUCCCACGAUGGCACCUCCUGUGAUGGCAUCUCCCACGAUGGCACCUCCCACAGUGGUGGCAUCUCCAGUGGUGGCAUCUCCCAGGGUGGUGGCACCUCCCACAGCCACGGUGUCCCCCAAAGCAGUGGCAUCUCCCACGAUGGCACCUCCCACGGUGGCAUCUCCCAUGAUGGCAUCUCCCACAGUGGUGGCAUCUCCAGUGGUGGCACCUCCCACGGUGGUGGCAUCUCCCACAGCCACGGUGUCACCCAAAGCGGUGGCAUCUCCCACGAUGGCGCUUCCCUCGGUGGUGGCAUCUCCAGUGGUGGCACCUCCCGUGGUGGUGGCACCUCCCACAGCCACGGUGUCACCCAAAGCAGUGGCAUCUCCCAUGAUGGCACCUCCCAUGGUGGUGGCACCUCCCGCAGUGGUGGCACCUCCCACGGUGGUGGCAUCUCCCACAGUGGUGGCGUCUCCAGUGGUGGCACCUCCCACGGUGGUGGCAUCUCCCACACCCACGGUGUCACCCAAAGCGGUGGCAUCUCCCACGAUGGCGUCUCCCACGAUGGCGUCUCCCUCGGUGGUGGCGUCUCCCACGGUGGUGGCACCUCCCGCAGUGGUGGCACCUCCCGCGGUGGUGGCAUCUCCCACACCCACGGUGUCACCCAAAGCAGUGGCAUCUCCCCCGAUGGCACCUCCCACGGGGGUGGCCUCCUCCUCCUCCUCCUCCUCCACCCCCCCCCCACCCAAGGGGCCACCUUCAAGGUGGGGGUGAUGGGGCCUUGGACCUGCGACCCCCUCCUGGCCCGGGCUUUGCCCGAGGUGGCCUCUCGUUUGGCCGUCACCCGGCUCAACCGGGACCCCACCCUCAACGAAGGUUACUGGUGGGACGCCGUGGUGUUGGCCGAGGCUUGUCGCACCCCCCAGGGGGUGACGGGACUCCUCAACGCCGAGCGUUACGCCACCGCUUUGGUGGGACCCCUCAAUCCGGCUACCUGUGGGGCAGCCGGGCUACUGACGGCCGCUUGGAACAAGCCUUUGGUCUCUUGGGCUUGUUUGGGAGACGGGGAAGGGUUGGACACCUUGGUGACCCCCAUGCCGGAACCCGCCGGGGUGCUUCAUUCCGUCCUCCGUUUCUUCCGGUGGGCCCACGUGGCCGUGCUCUCCGCCCCACAGGACCUCUGGCGCGAAGUGGGGCAGGGUUUGGCCCAGGAGCUCCGGGCUCGGGGUCUGCCCGUCACCGUGGUCACCACCGUCGGGACGGAGGAGGAAGAGGCCCGGGAGGCUCUGAGGAGGGUGCAGAGGGCUGACGGCGUCCGAGUGGUGGUGAUGUGCAUGCACUCGGUGCUGCUGGGCGGUGAGGAGCAACGGCUGCUCCUGGAGAAGGCCGAGGACAUGGGCAUGACCGACGGCACCUACGUCUUCAUCCCCUACGACGCCCUCACCUUCCCCCUGCCCUACCACCGCGUGCCCUACCCCGUCCUGGCCAACAACACCAAGCUGCGCCUGGCCUACGACGCUGUCCUCACCGUCACCAUCGACUCGCCCGAGGUCACCUUCCAGGAGGCCCUGCAACAGGCCAAGGAGGCCUACGAGAUCCCCGCGUACAUCGACCCCGCACAGGUCCACCCCCUCUUCGCCACCAUCUACAACUCCAUCUACUUCUUGGCCGAGGCGGUGGAGGCCACCCGGAGAACGGGCCGUUGGGUGAUGGGCACCAGCGUGGCCGACCACGCCCGCGACUUCCGGAUGGAGGGCUUCUGCCAGGCCUUCUCCGUCACCCAGGAUGGGGACGUCACCGUCCCUUACGUGGUCUUGGACACGGACGGCAAAAGCGACCGGUUGUGGCCCGUCUACGGCUUGGAGCCGGGCACCAAGGGCUUGGGCUACCGCGGUUACAGCGUCCACUGGCCACACGGUUCCAGUCCCGGCACCGACGCCGGCUGCUGGUUUGAGUCGGGCUCCAUCUGCAACGGGGGGGUGGACGCCACCUUCGUCCUCCUCAUGUUCCUCCUCAUCUCCGCCCUCAUCGCGGCCGGGGCCGCCCUCGCCUGCUUCAUCAGGCGCCGCGUCCAGCAGGCCCAGCUGAUGAAGGGACCCAACAAGAUCAUCCUCACCAUGGACGACUUGACCUUCAUCAACACCCAGAGCAGCAGGCGGGUGGACGGCAGCCGUUCCAGCCUGGCCGGUCGCAGCGGGGGGGGGGACGCCAAGAGCCUCAAGAGCGUCGUCGCCGCCGCCCCCCCCGAAGCCACCAACGUGGCCAUCGCUGAGGGAGCCGAAAACCCGAAGGGCAAUGGCCACCUCCCCCUCCUCCUCCUUUUGUUUAACCAGCAGGGCCUUGUCGCCUCCGUGCAGGGCGACUGGGUCUGGCUGAAGAGGUUCCCCGGAGACCAGCACGGCGAGGUGAAACCGGCCACCAAGUUGGCCUUCUGCAAGUUACGGGACCUGCGGCACGAGAACGUCAACCUCUUCUUGGGCUUCUUCCACGACUGCGGCAUCUUCGCCAUCGUCUCGGAGCACUGCUCCCGCGGCAGCCUGGAGGACCUGCUGCGCAACGAGGACAUGAAGCUCGACUGGAUGUUCAAGUCCUCCCUCCUCAUCGACCUCAUCAAGGGCAUUCGCUACCUGCACCACCGCGCGGUGGUCCACGGCCGCCUCAAGUCCCGCAACUGCGUGGUGGACGGUCGCUUCGUGCUGAAGGUGACGGACCACGGCUACAACGAGCUGCUGGAGGCCCAGCGCGUGCCCACCCCCACCCCCCAGCCCCAGGAGCGGCUGUGGACGGCGCCGGAGCUGCUGCGGGACCCGGCGCUGGAACGUCGCGGCUCCUUCCGGGGCGACGUCUACGGCAUCGGCAUCAUCAUGCAGGAGGUCAUCUGCCGCAGCGGGCCCUACUGCAUGCUGGGGCUGCCCCCUGAAGAGAUCAUCGAGAAGGUGCUGCGCCCCCCCCCGCUGUGCCGGCCCGCCGUCUCGGCCGACCAGGCCCCCCUGGAGUGCAUCCAGCUGAUGAAGCAGUGCUGGAGCGAGCAGCCCGAGAAGAGGCCCAGCAUCGACCAGAUCUUCGAGCAGUUCAAGGGCAUCAACAAGGGGCGGAAGACGAACAUCAUCGACUCCAUGCUGCGGAUGCUGGAGCAAUAUUCCAGCAACCUGGAGGAUCUCAUCCGGGAACGCACCGAGGAGCUGGAGAUCGAGAAGCAGAAGACGGACAAGCUCCUCACCCAGAUGCUGCCCCCGUCGGUAGCCGAGGCGCUGAAGAUGGGGACGCCGGUGGAGCCCGAGUACUUCGAGGAGGUGACCCUUUACUUCAGCGACAUCGUGGGCUUCACCACCAUCUCGGCCAUGAGCGAGCCCAUCGAGGUGGUCGACCUCCUCAACGACCUCUACACCCUCUUCGACGCCAUCAUCGGCUCCCACGACGUCUACAAGGUGGAGACCAUCGGGGACGCCUACAUGGUGGCCUCGGGGCUACCGAAACGCAACGGCAACCGGCACGCGGGGGAGAUAGCCAACAUGUCCCUGGACAUCCUCAGCUCCGUCGGCACCUUCAAGAUGCGGCACAUGCCGGAGGUGCCCGUCCGCAUCCGCAUCGGCCUCCAUUCGGGCCCGUGCGUGGCGGGGGUGGUGGGGCUGACCAUGCCGCGGUACUGCCUCUUCGGGGACACCGUCAACACCGCGUCCCGCAUGGAGUCCACCGGCCUGCCGUACCGCAUCCACGUCAACGCCCGCACGGUGGCCAUUCUGCUGGCCCUGCAGGAGGGCUUCAAGCUGGACAUUCGGGGCAAGACCGAGCUCAAGGUGACCCCCGGGAAGGGCGUGGAGGACACCUACUGGCUGGUGGGACGCGAGGGCUUCACCAAACCCAUCCCCACCCCCCCCGACCUGCUGCCCGGGGCCAGCAACCACGGCAUCAGCCUGGACGAGAUCCCGCCCGAGAGGAGGAAGAAACUGGAAAAGGCCCGGCCGGGGCAGGUGCUUAAAUAGGCCUCGGCACGGCCCCGCCCAGCCGCGAGGAGCCAGCGCCCCCAUUGGCUGCCGCCGGGCCGGGCCACGCCCACCCGCGCGGGCUGGAAUGACAUCACCGGAAGCGGCUGCGGGA